AUGUCUUACAACAUCCGUAAACUCGAUCGAGCAGUCUUCGACGGAAGUCUGGCUGCACGUCUGAGUACUCUACACCAUUUUCGAUAUGCUAUGAACGAAAUAAUGAAAUUCGAUCACUUGGAAGACUGCGAUUUGCAGCCCUACGGGGAGAAGAUCAUCACUCUGACGGAGGUUGCACGCUGGACGCUUAGACAGAGGAUGGGUGUGUCCCUGAUCAUGCUCUGUUCGAAGGAGCACGUGCCUUACAAGGCAGCUUACUUCAAAUUGCUCGUCUGGAUCAGACGCCGCAGGUCCGCAUUCCCCACUAACAUCGACGAUCGAAUCAAUGCGCUCCUGGAGGACAUAAACCAUCAAGUAGUUCUACGCACCAGGGGAAUUGACCCUCGCGUCCAAUUGGGCAUUGAGGAAUUGAUAAUCAUCAAGAAACGACGACCAGACGCCUGCAAUUCCGAGUCCUCGGAGGCCGUUUGUUCGCAAAUUUCGAACGAAAGCCCAACGCUCUGA